AUGGAAAAUUAUUACAACAAAAACAGUACCAAAAAACUUUGUCAUGAUGGAUACGUUUAUACAAGAAGAGAACAACAAAAUCUACUAUACGAUGGAGUGUUCCCAGAGGUACGCCCAAAAAAUGCAAGGGUUGCUGCGGUGACAGACUUGAACCUGAUGCUAAUAGAGGAAAACCUGGUCAGAAUUCUUGCUGAUAAACUGCUCCACUAUCCAGUGCAGACGUUUGCUUACAGAAAAGACAUCCGGCCCAACCCAGCAACAAUCGUCGCAGACUAUGAGAUCACCAUACACAACGCGGUGAGAUCAGUCAUUGGCUCAAGUAUCCAUAUACAGGGUUGUUUUUAUCAUCUAACACAAGCUACAUGGCGUCAUAUUCAAAGCGAAGGGUUACAGUCGUUAUACAGAGAAGACAAGGAUAUCAGACACUUCUGUGGUCAAUUAGACGGCCUUGCCUUCCUUCCAGCGAGCAAGGUGACUGAAGGAAUGUCGCUUCUUCGAGAUUCAGUCCCAGAUGUCUUGUCAGGUUUAGUAGACUAUUUCGACUCAACGUACGUUUCUGGGUCAUACAGAUCAGUGCUAUGUAAUGGACGAAUUCGACUACGAAAGACAUCACCAAGAUUCGAUCCCCAAGUAUGGAAUGUUCAUGAAACAACACUUAAUGACGGUGACCGCACCAACAACGUUUGUGAGAGUUGGAACAAUGGUUUUAGACAUCUUGUAGGACACAGUAAUCCAUCAUUGUGGACAGUUAUAAAUUGCCUCCAGAAAGACAAUUCAUUAGUAGAGACAGAGGUGUAUAGAGACUGUGUAGGAGAAAAUGUGACGAAACGUAGGAGAAAAGAAACAGUCUCUCAUCAGAGAAAACUCAAGAAACUGUGCGAGGAAAUUCAGUCAGGAACGAAAUCAACCCAGGAAUUCCUACAUGCCAUAGGGAAAUGUGUAAGACUUGUGAAAUGAAGUAGAACUCCUACAAAUGUGUUAUAAAAUCAAAAUGAUCAUUGAUAUUUUGUGUUAGGACUUGACUUCAUGUACUGAUU